ACGACUAGGCCCGCCCGGCACCGCCUCCUCGGGAGCUGCCGGUGGACGGAGCCGCCUGGGCCGGGUGUGUGGCGAGCCGGAGCCCGGAGCAGCCGCCUGGGCCGGGCGGGCCGGUUCCCCCGUCUCCCAGAGCUCGGCGCAGGGACCCCCCAGCCCGUCCCGCUCGGAGCGGCGGCCCCAUGGAGAGCGCGCGGCCUGGCGGGGCCCCCCCCGGGGCCGGGCCCGGCUCCUUCCCCGCGCUCUUCCCCCCGGGGCUGCACGGCAUCUACGGCGAGUGCCGCCGCCUCUACCCCGAGCAGCCCAACCCGUUGAGAACCACUGCUCUAGCUGAAUACUGGUUGGGGGGACCAGAUCCUCUGGACUACGUUAGCAUGUACAGGAACUUGGGAAACCCAGCAUUGAAUGUUCCUGAGCACUGGCAUUAUGUCAGCUUUGGGUUAAGUGACUUGUAUGGAGACAACAGAGUUCACGAAUUUACAGGAACGGAUGGGCCAAGUGGUUUUGGAUUCGAGUUGACGUUUCGACUAAAGAGAGAAACGGGGGAGUCAGCGCCACCUACAUGGCCGGCAGAGUUAAUGCAAGGCUUAGCCAGAUACGUCUUCCAGUCAGAAAAUACCUUCUGCAGUGGCGACCAUGUAUCAUGGCACAGUCCUUUGGACAACAGUGAAUCCAGAAUCCAGCAUAUGUUGCUGACUGAAGAUCCUCAAAUGCAACCAGUACAGACCCCUUUUGGGGUUGUUAAUUUCCUACAGAUCGUUGGGGUUUGCACUGAGGAGCUGCAUGCAGCACAGCAGUGGAAUGGACAGGGGAUCUUGGAGUUGCUUCGGACUGUGCCCGUUGCUGGAGGCCUGUGGCUGAUAACCGAUAUGCGAAGAGGAGAGACCAUAUUUGAGAUUGAUCCGCAUCUGCAAGAGAGAGUCGAUAAAGGGAUUGAGACAGAUGGCUCGAACCUGAGUGGAGUGAGCGCCAAAUGUGCCUGGGAUGAUCUGAGCCGGCCCCCAGAGGAUGACGAAGAUAGUAGAAGCAUUUGCAUUGGAACGCAGCCACGACGGCUGUCUGGGAAAGAUACAGAGCAAAUCAGGGAGACUUUGCGGAGAGGGCUUGAGAUUAACAGCAAACCUGUUCUACCUCCAAUAAACGCACAAAGACAGAAUGGGUUGAACUAUGAUCGAGCACCAAGCCGUAAGGAUAGUUUAGAGAGCGAGAGCUCAGCAGCUAUCAUUCCUCACGAGCUAAUCCGCACAAGACAGCUUGAGAGCGUGCACCUGAAAUUCAACCAGGAGUCUGGAGCACUGAUUCCACUUUGUCUAAGGGGCAGGCUGCUACAUGGACGGCACUUUACAUAUAAAAGUAUUACAGGGGAUACAGCAAUCACGUUUGUAUCGACAGGAGUAGAAGGAGCCUUUGCUACAGAGGAGCAUCCUUAUGCAGCCCAUGGGCCUUGGUUACAAAUCCUGUUGACUGAAGAGUUCGUAGAAAGAAUGCUGGAAGACUUAGAAGAUCUGACUUCUCCAGAGGAAUUUAAACUUCCAAAAGAGUACAGCUGGCCUGAAAAGAAACUGAAAGUCUCCAUCUUACCAGAUGCUGUGUUUGACAACCCUCUGCAUUAGAGCUGAAUUACACCCUUCUGACAUCUGGGAGAGCCAAGUGACUGUACAUUGCUCAGUGACUCACAGGAUAAUUAAUGCAGUAAGAACUAUGCCUUCAAAUAAAGUAGAUUGCUGCACAACCACUGCAAACAGAAGAGGAGUUACACAACACCAACCCAGACAGAACUGGACAGUGCUGGGCCAUUUCUUCCCCAUCCUUUCCUGGGCUGAACUCUCCGGGAACAGCCUGCGUAUGUUUGAGUGCAAGUGAGAAAUAUUUAACUAUGAAAAGUAGUGGUAAGAAUUUUUUCCCUGUUCUAGCUGGCUACAAAUAUCCCUGCAGUCUUCGCCCAGGGUGUAGAUACCUUGUACGCCUAUAUUUACAUACGCACUCUGCCAGGUGCAAGCCCAUGGAUUAAAUGUUCUCUACAUGACUUUGGAAUCCUUUUGGUUAGCCAAACUUUUACCGACUGCAGAACUAUUCCUCCAGGGGCUGUUUUGUCUUUUCAGAAACGGAAUGGUGUUAACGAGGCCAGAAGCUCGCACGCUUCAUUUAAAGAUGAACUCUCAAGUUUAGUCAAAAAACAAACCCAAACCCUCCCUGCUGCUAGAAUUCGGAAAGGUCUGAGUGUUGAGCUCGGUCUGAUUAGCUCUGGUAUCGCUGCAAACAGAGGCAACUUUCUUCUUGCACAUCCUGUCCUAGCGUAUGAAUGUAUGCAUGAGCCCCGGAGAAGGUUGUGACCUCUGCUUUUGCACAAGCAGGAGGAAGAGAGACUACCGGGGCAGAGGAGGAGAUCUCCUGUUUACAGAAUGUUUAUCUUUCAAGGGAUGCUGUCAAGUAUUUUUUCCUUGCUAUUGUACAGAAUCCCUUUGAAUCCUAGAAGUGGGAAAGGAUCUGUAUGUUCCGAGGGGCCACGCUCCAGGAACCAGAGGGCUGCUCUAAAUUGUUUAAUGUGGAGAUCGGAUCCACCCUCCCCAUCAACAGAGAGAGCCACCAGAAAGCCCUACCUGCACUACAAAACAAACCCUGCUGGGGACCCGCUUACAGCACAGUUGUCCUUAGCACAGUUCCAUCUUACCAGACUCUGUGUUCGACAACCUGUGUGCACAUGGGACCGUAGCCAUGUGCUAAGGAUUUGAACCUUGCUUUAACGAUUGGGGGAUGAGCAGGCUGUAACCGGGGCCCCCAAGUUAUAUUGUAGUAUGAGCUUCAGGUUCUGCUUCCAACAUGACACUUCCUCUUGGUCCCAGUGGCCUCCCUUAGACCAAGAUGGAGCACGUGUGCUGAGAGCUUUUGUCUCUGCAGGUUGCAUCCUGGUACCGAAGAGCAGGCCGUUGGUGGGUGCAUUGCAGAUGGGCUGCAGGCUACCCCAUGCUUGAGUCCUUCCCCUGCCAAUCCUGGAUUGUUCUCUAAAGUAGAUUCACCAGUGCUUUCUCAGACAGAUUCACACUGGAAUACAGUCACUUCUAAUUAUGUGGGGGCAGAUUUCUCCCCCCACCCUUUCCCACUCACAAGCUAACAUGGCCGUUUCUUCGUCUCUGGUUGUACACAAUACAGUGGUCUUAACAUGGCUGUGGCAACAACUUUUAACAACUGACUGCCUUUGAUCAAACCGCAAUGGCUAAAACUGGCCCAUACCUCACAGAAGCUGGUUGUUGUUGUUGUUGUCUUAAUUUCUUCCCAACAAAGUGGGAUUUUGUCAAGAUUUUUAAAAUCUAUUUUGGAGCUGGUUGCUGUAGGAUGUAUAGUCCUGUGGUUGAGGCAUGUAUCUAGGAGCCGAGAGGUCUGACUCUGGAUUUCCUGUGUGAGUGUAGGCAAAUCACUUCACUUCCUCCUCUGCAAAUGAGGAUAAUAUUCCUGGGGGGUGGGUUGGGAUGCCUAGACCAUUAGCAUCUGUGAAGUGGACCAAGAUUCUCAGAGGGAGGUACAAGUACCAUUAUUUUUAUUAUUAUUUAAGGAAAGCCAAAUCCAGAUCCUACGUUGCUUAACAGCUUCCUUUUUACAAAGCUAUGAAAGCAAUUUCGAUGUAAAUUAGUCUGUCAUUUUGUCUGAACUCAGAGGAUCAUCUUGAAAUGAUAUUUUUUAAGAGCAGAGUUUCCAAUCUCCGGGCCAGCCAGAGUGAUUUUUGUGUUGUGGCAGUCUGCAUUUAUCCAGGAGAAUCUUUGGCUGACUUGCAGCGUCCCAUUUAGUAUGAAAUGUGUAUGCAGUGCCGGUCUGUUCUGUUCCUUAAUGUUGGUGGGAGUUGUAGAUGCAUUUCCAGGGGCCAGUGGACUAGAGAGAGACUGAAAAUUGGCAUGCAAAUCUACCAACCCAGGCACAAAAUAGACUCCCCUCCUCACCUCACUGUGAAGAAAUAGUGGCAUCAUGCCAAUCAGAAAAGGAGGAAAGCGGACAAUGAAGACUUUGCCCUAAAUCCACAGAUUUCAAAGAGCGGCCCAUGAACCAAACACUUGCCAGUGGUGUUUGGAGAACUGGCUGAUUGCCACAGGGCCGGCUCCUCUUCCUUCUUUCCAGCUGCGAAGUCUCAUUAAGAGAAGCUGAAAGCACAGGACUUUCCUAGAGUGAUUUGUCCAUGUCAGCAAUUGCUGCUGUUCCCACAGAAGUCACAAAGGGGCAGAGACCAGGAGGCCAUCUGAGUUCUGUCUCUCUGCCCUAACUCGAGUUGAGACGCUUUGAAACCUUCCCACGAGACACAUGAGCGAGUGCCGGACUGUAGGUAAAAUACUUUCUCUCUGCAGGAUUUUUCUCCAAAUCUGCCUCUCCCAUGAUUGUUCUUCCGUUCUGCAUUCACUCCUGUUUAUCGCUGUGGGUUGGAUGUUGGUUGGUUUCAGAGGGGGAUGUGAAGGGAUCACACUGAGGCUUGGCCUACGCUACACAGGUAGGUCGAUGUAAGCUGCCUUGUGUCGACCUAGCUGUGGAAGUGUCUUCGCUCCAGUUUGGCUCCUGACGAUGUAAGUGGCUGUCUACACCGAUUUACUAACAUCACCUUCCCAAGCAGGGUAGAGUCACAGUCAAUGUCAUUAGGUUGACCCAAUGUCAGUGUAGACACUGUGUCGCUUAUGUCUACUGUUAUUGGCUUUCAGGAGCCGUCCUGCAAUGCCCCACACGGACAAUACAAUCUAUACAGGCGCUCCUGGGGAGGAUGUGUGCUGCCAACACAAAUGCACACUCACGAGUGAUUUAAUAACUCCGGUGGCUGUCUGCCGUAAUAAAUUCAGUUGACAUAAUUUUGUAGUGUAGACAUGACCCGAGUGCUUUGGAAAUCCCAGCUAUACCCAUGUGUUUUUGUUUAUAUGUCAUGUAUUUAUAUCUAGUCAUCAGUAUUUGAGUUAUGACCAGUUGGCAAGAUAGGUACCUUUGAUUUGUAAGACACUUUCUCACAAACCCUAUUCUUAAAGCCUCGCUGGCUGCCAAAUUACAUUUUGUUUCAAGGGAAGGAAGUCGGGUCUUCCUAAUUAGUUUAGCAAAUAAAAACAAAACAAAACAAA